CCACCACCUUACACCGCACAGCACAUCCUCACUGAUUCAUACAGCCAGCUAGCGAGCGAGCUUAGCCAACCACACGCCUCCUGGUCCUAGCUAGCUCCCCCCGGCUUUCUCUUCUUGAGCUCCGACCGACCACUCACUCGGGCCAUGAUGAGCGGCGGCAGGAUGAACGCGGCGGCGAGCGACGACUUCCCGUUCGCGGCAAUGCAGCAGCCGCCCUACGUCAGCUUCGAGCACGCCGGCAUGGUCCAGGCCGGCGGCGGCGGAGGAGGGGGGCAGCGCCACCAGGGCGCCAUGAUGUACGACAACUUCGACUUCGCGGCGGCGGCCGCCGCCUUCGGCCAGUUCCAGGACGCGCCGCACCACCAGAUGCUGGCGCUGCCGCCCAACGGGGGCGGCGCCGGCGGGCUGCUCCCCAUGGCGCCGCCGCCCAUGCCCGGGAUGCAGCUGCAGAUGCCGCCCAUGGGCAUGCACGGCCACGGCGACGUGUACCCGGCGCUCGGGAUGGUGAAGCGCGAGGGCGGCGCCGGCGCCGGCGACGCGGGGAGGAUCGGGCUCAACCUCGGCCGCCGGACCUACUUCUCCCCCGGCGACAUGAUGGCCGUGGACCGUCUCCUCAUGCGGUCCCGCCUGGGCGGCGUGUUCGGGCUCGGGUUCGGCGGCGCGCACCACCAGCCGCCGCGGUGCCAGGCGGAGGGCUGCAAGGCCGACCUCUCCGGCGCCAAGCACUACCACCGGCGCCACAAGGUGUGCGAGUACCACGCCAAGGCGUCCCUCGUCGCCGCGGCCGGCAAGCAGCAGCGCUUCUGCCAGCAAUGCAGCAGGUCAGAGCCAGACCCACACACCCACUCCCUCCCUCCCUCCCUCUCUCUCUCUACAAAUGGAACAGUAGUUCUUGCAUUGUGAGGUGAUGUUCUUGCAGAAGCCCAGUAUAGCUAGAGCCAGGUUGCAGUUAGGCUAGGGGUAGGGCCAGCGGAAGCUGUUGGCCUUUUCAGUUCGCGCUCUGAUUCGGCUCGUGCCCAUUGUCCGUUGCGGGCAGCCAUGGCAAAGCUCUGCUGUCCUUUGUGCAAAAGCAAGCCCAGCUCGGCCGCAGUCGCGCACUACACUGAGACGACCAGUCAUGUCAAACCAAAAAAUGACAAGAGAAAACACUGCUCCAUGGCAUGGAGGAGUACUAGGUCAUGCUCAUGGUGGAAUCUGACCAUGGCGUUUUCCUUGGUGGUUUUCCGGGGAUCGAUCGAUCAGCGGGCGGAGACCGGAGAAAGGGUGGUGGAAAGGGGGAGGGAAAAGGCUGCGUGCUUCGGGAUGCCUCUGCAGAGCGCAGACUGGGAGAGGAGAGGAGAGGAGAGGAGGGAGACGCCAUGGCUGGCUGGCUGAUCCGGUGCCAGGCUUUUGCCCUGACCAUAUCUCUGCCUGCUGCCUUUCCUCUUUAUCCUCCCAUUGACCAAUGUUUUAGCGGCCGUGGUGCCAGUGGCGACUAGACUUUUGCAUGCCAAUUAUAGUUGGGAGUACCUAGAACUCAUCUAGAUGAGAUAUAAUUUGGUCUCAUUCACUUUGAAAACAAGAACAGAUACAACCCACGUCAGCACACACGCAUCUUAUAGCAUCACAUUCGAUGGCUAUAGAAGGUGAAUGAGACCAAAUUAUAUCUCAUCUAGAUGAGUUCUAGCAAAACUGAUUAUAGCUUUCUUGACAAUCCAUGCAUGUCUGAACAUCCUUUGGUUGAAUGGUGGAUGCUAAUUACUGCUAUAGGUGUUUCGUUAGUACAUAAAAGGUAGCAAAAGAUUAAGUUAAGUUUGUUGUUCGUGUAGGUUCUGUAAAAUAUGGUUGAAACGUAUGCAUCUCUGCAGGGACGCGUGCGUGUAUAUAUAGGCUCAAGGCCAACAGAAGAUUACAUGGUUGAGAUACGGGAGUUAGGCUUGAUCUCCACGUUACAAUAGGCUUGAUCUCCACGUUAUAAUAUACAGCUAUACAGAGAAUAGAAUCAAGCCUAACUCAACCGCUGAUUACAACUAACACAAAACAAACGCACGCGCUAAUAUCCCUACACACAUAUUUCAACAUCCCCUCUCAAUCACAACUUAUCUAAGUUGAGAUUGUAUCUGAAAGCUUCGAGCUGUUUCACAGACAAUGUCUUGGUGAAGCCAUCUGCAAGUUGGUCACCCGUGGGGAUAAAACGAAUAUUGAGCAACUUAUUAGCUACUCUCUCUCGAACAAAAUGAUAGUCCACUUCAAUAUGUUUUGUCCUUGCAUGAAAGACUGGAUUGGCUGACAGAUAUGUGGCUCCAAGAUUAUCACACCACAAUGAUGCAACCUUUGAAUGUUCCACACCCAAUUCCCUCAACAGAGUUUGCACCCAAAUUAUCUCAGCUGUUGCAUUUGCCAGUGCCUUAUAUUCAGCCUCUGUACUAGACCUAGAGACUGUAGCCUGUUUACGAGCACUCCAAGAAAUAAGAUUACAGCCAAAAAAGACUGCAAAACCACCUGUCGACCUUCUGUCAUCUGGACAACCUGCCCAGUCAGCAUCAGAAAAAGCACUUACAAGUGUGGAAUCUGAUUUAACAAACUUGAGCCCAAGACUUGAUGUAUACUUCAAAUAUCUAAGAAUUCUCUUGACUGCAGUCCAGUGAGCAGAAGUAGGAGAGUGCAAAAACUGACAUAUUUUGUUAACAGAGAAAGCUAUAUCUGGCCUAGUUAAUGUGACAUACUGCAAUGCACCAACUAUGCUUCUGUACCUGGUAGAAUCCUCAUACCCAAGUGGCUCUCCCUCCGUUAAUGACAACUUCUCAGAAAUAGAUAAGGGUGUUGGAACAGGCUUACAAUCCUUCAUACCCACCCUUGUGAGAAUCUCUUCUAUAUAUUUUUCUUGAGUCAAUAGUAUACCACUCUUUACCUUCUUUACCUCUAUGCCUAGGAAAUAGUGAAGUUGACCCAAGUCCUUCAAGGCAAAAUCUUUUCGAAGAUCCUGAAGGAGUGCUUCAACAGCUUUUGGUGAGGAACUAGUAACAAUUAUGUCAUCAACAUAAAUAAGCAUGAACAUAACUACACCAUUUUUGUUGAAGAAAAAUAGGGAUGUAUCAGCCUUUGAAGGAACAAAACCAAGUGUUUGUAAUUUUGUUGACAAUCUAGAAUACCAUGCACGUGGAGCUUGUUUCAGUCCAUACAAAGCCUUAUCCAAUCUGCACACGUACCCAGGUCUAUUAGGAUCCUCAUAUCCUGGGGGUUGUCUCAUGAACACCUUCUCUUCCAGAACACCAUGAAGAAACGCGUUCUUUACAUCUAGCUGUCGCAUGCACCAGUUUCUCGAAACAGCAAUGGACAAAAUUAAUCUGAUGGUAGCCGCUUUGACCACAGGACUAAAAGUGUCCUCGUAGUCAAUUCCAUACCUCUGUUUAAAACCUUUGGCAACCAAACGUGCCUUAUACCUGUCAAUGGAACCAUCAGACUUUUUCUUAAUUUUAUAGAUCCAUUUGCAAUCUAUCAAAUUACUUCCCCUCUCAAACGGUACAAGAUGCCAAGUCUUGUUUCUCAUGAGAGCCGAGUAUUCUUCAUUCAUGGCCUCCGUCCACCGUUGAUCCCCUAAUGCUUCUCUCACAUUUUGUGGUUCACCUGUGCUGCAGAAGUUUAACCAUCGAACAGUACCAUCAGUGCGUAUUUUUGGCUGAGAAAUACCGGUUUGUAAACGAGUACGAGCCCUCGGAAUAACAGGUGGUGGUGGAGGCUGUGGUGGCGUAGCCACAGGCGAUCCCGCAGCCACAGAGGAUCCACCAGGAGUACUGUCCGCUGCGUCAGGGAAGAGAUCAGCGCCUCCUCCCCCGUUCGUCCAGGAAUCGCCACCUGGUGUUGCGGGCCAUGCAGCCCGUUGGCGAUCGGCCGGGCAUGUCGCCUCUGCACCAGCCCGUGGGCUGGGGCCACGCGGCGAGGGAGAACCGGCUCCCACGCCCGCUCCAUGCGUCUGUCGCACUGAUCCCGGGACGGAUCGGGCGGGCGCCUGGGAGUGCGUCGAAGACCCUGCAUGGGAUCCCUCGCCUGACAGGGCGGGAGAGUCCUCCUCGUGACCAGGAUCUGCUGCGUCACCACUUGUGGAGUCCUGCGUAUAUUCUGCUUCCUGUACACUUGGAAACUCCAAAUUUUGAUCAGAAAAAGUCACAUGGUCAUUUUGCAAAUCACCCCCAUGAUCAAAUACAGGAGGAUUAAGGAGUGUGGGAGGAAGCAAAUUGAUUUCCGCACGGAGUUGAGCGCCGGCGUUCUCGUGAAGUUCAGAAAACGGAAAGAUGGACUCGUCAAAGACAACAUCACGAGAUAUAUAGACACGUCCACUCGAGAUGUCUAGACAUUUAUAGCCUUUGUGAAGGGGACUAUAUCCAAGAAACGCACACCGGGUAGAGCGAAACUGCAGUUUAUGCUUGUUGAAGGGGCGUAGGUUAGGCCAUACCGCACACCCAAAAACACGAAGAAAAGAAUAAUCUGGGGUGAUAUUGAAAAGGCGCUCUAGAGGUGUUUGAGAUUGAAUGACUUUACUAGGGAGACGAUUAAUGAGAUAAACGGCAGUAGUGAAAGCUUCAUCCCAGAAUUUUAAUGGCAUGGAUGCAUGAGCGAGUAAGGCGAGGCCGAUUUCAACAAUGUGUCUAUGUUUUCUUUCAGCGGAGCCAUUUUGUUGGUGGGCAUGAGGGCACGAAACAUGGUGGGAAAUACCAAUGCGCUCAAAGAAUGAAUUUAGUUUGCGAUAUUCGCCACCCCAGUCGGUUUGCAUGGCAAGGAUUUUCCUAUCAAACAAGCGUUCAACAUGUUGCUGAAAAUCAUGAAACUUCUGAAACACUUCAGAUCUAUUUUUGAUCAAGUAUAUCCAAGUAAACUUGCUGAAAUCAUCAAUGAAACUAACAUAAUAUGUGAACCUGCCUACAGAAGUAACAGCAGGACCCCAAACAUCCGAAAAGACUAGCUCUAAAGGAGCACUAGAGACACUAGUAGACCGAGGAUACGGUAACUGAUGGCUUUUUGCCUUUUGACAUGCAUCACAAACAGAUUCAUGCCUUUUAUUUGACACGGGAAGACAAUUAUUUUUGACUACUUGAUCGACUAUGACAAAGGAUGGAUGCCCUAGACGUCCAUGCCACCGAGAAGACGAUGCUUUUUGCACACCAAGGACAUGCUUCCCACGAACGGAUGGUGCAUGAGGUAGAGGAUAGAGGCCACCUCUACUCUGUGCGCGCAGCAGAAUUUUCCCCGUUCCCUGUUGUUUGAUAGAAAAGAACUCAGGGUAAACUUCCAAGUAUGCGUGAUUGUCAUGAGCAAGUUUUUGAGCAGCAAUCAAAUUCUUUGCAGAUUUGGGAACAUGUAAAAUAUCUCGAAGAUGAAUAGGUUGAUCAUGAGUAUGAAUAUGCGCAUGACCAAUGUGAGCAAUUUCCAUACCUGACCCACUCGCCGUGUGGACUUGAUCUAUGCCGGUGUAGCGUUCGUGGGUAGCGAGCUUGUCUAGCUCACUUGUGACGUGGUUGGUUGCUGCAGUGUCGAUGUACCAGUUCGUAUCAACUCCGUACGAAGUGGCUGCGGAGUUUGCUGUCUUCUCCUUCCUCUUGAAGUUCUUCUCGAACCUCUUCCAGCAGCGAUAUGCAUCGUGGCCGGCCUUGCCACAGAUUUGGCAUAUGACCACGUCGGGUCGGGUAUGGUUGUUGUAGCCGCCGCCGCCGCCGCCGUAGUAGCCGCCGCCGCCGCCGCAGUUGUAGCCGCCACCGCCGCCGCCGUUGUGGUAGCCUCCACCACCGUGACCACCACCGCCUUGGCCUUGGCGCUGGUUGGGGUAGCCACCACGCCCGUCAUCAGAGGAGCGCCCGCCUCCUCCACCGCGACUGUUGCCGCUGCUGUUGCUGCGACCCUGAGGAUAGCCGCCGCCACGUCCGCCCUUGGCGACGAGAUUGACCGACAGCUGCUGACUCACCGGGUUCUGCGCCUCCAGACGUGACUCGGCCACCAGGAGCCCGGAGAAGAGUUCGGCGAGGGUGAUCGCCUGCUCGUUCGCCUUGGCAGAGAGCGCCGAGACGAAGGGGUUGUAGUCUGCAUCAAGCCCCGAGAGAAUCUGCGAGACCAGAUCGUCGUCGUCCAUCUUCUUCCCCGCGGCAGCAAGCUCGUCAGCGAUUCCCUUCAUCUUGGUGAAGUACGCAGUGGCAGAGAGAUCUCCCUUGCGCGAGUUUGUGAGCUGCGUGCGGAGCUGGAUGACGCGGGCGCGCGACUGCGAGGCGAACAUCGCCUGGAUCGCGGCCCACAGCUUGCUGCUCUCCGUAUGAUCCAUCACCUGCAGCAACACCUCUCGGGAAAGAGACCCGAGCAGAAAACCCAAAACCUGCUGGUCUUGAGCCACCCACGCUGCAUAGGCUGGGUUACAUACCUUCUCGACGGUCUUGUCCGCCUUUGCCUCCUCGAUUUCCUCCGGUGGUGCUGCCCGCGAUCCGUCGAGGAAACCCAUGAGAAGGGCACCUCGGACCGGUGGCAGGACCUGAGCCUUCCAGGGUAGAUAGUUCUCCCUGGUUAGCUUCUCAGCGAUCUGAACAUGGGCGAAGGAGAUGGCUGCCGGAGCGGAGGAACCUGCCAUGGCUAGAUGUGUUUGUGGAAGAGAUAGAGGCUCUGAUUACCAUGUAAAAUAUGGUUGAAACGUAUGCAUCUCUGCAGGGACGCGUGCGUGUAUAUAUAGGCUCAAGGCCAACAGAAGAUUACAUGGUUGAGAUACGGGAGUUAGGCUUGAUCUCCACGUUACAAUAGGCUUGAUCUCCACGUUAUAAUAUACAGCUAUACAGAGAAUAGAAUCAAGCCUAACUCAACCGCUGAUUACAACUAACACAAAACAAACGCACGCGCUAAUAUCCCUACACACAUAUUUCAACACACGUGCUCACCGAGUUCGACGAGUCGAAGAGGAGCUGCCGGAAGAGGCUGGCCGAGCACAACCGCCGCCGGAGGAAGCCGGCGAGCAGCAGCACGACUGCGACGUCCAAGGACUCGGCGCCGCCUUCCAAGAAACCCAACCCGGGCGCCAUCUCCAGCUCCUACGCCGCCGACAACAACAAUUUGAGCGCCACCAAGUCCAACAUCUCGUCCAACACGAGCGCCAUCAGUUGCCUGCAGCAGCACGACCAGAGCAAGGCCGCGGCGGCGGCGGCGAGGCCCAUGACGCUCACCCUCGGGGAGCCGCCGGAGAAGGACGACCACCACCGGCAGCUCAGCAACGCCAUGCAGCUCCACAACCACCACCAGGAGCAGCAGCACUUCAUCACCUCCCUGCUGCAAGGCAGCAACAACAACAGCAACAUCCUGUCGUGCUCGUCGGUGUGCUCCAGCGGGUUGCCGUCUGCCGGGGCGGCCAACGGCGAGGUCUCCGACCAGAACAACAACAGCAACCAUGGCGCCGGCAACAAUAACAACAAUAACAUGCAUCUCUUUGAGGUGGACUUCAUGUAGACGACCGAUCGACGCAGGUGAGCUUGGAGACCCGUACAUGGAGCCAUGGAGUGGUGACCAGCCUACGCCUAGCACUGCACCAACAGUGUCCUUUAAUUAAUUUGUGUGUAGGUAAAAAAAAAAGGAGAGCAAAAACCUUAAGGGUAUAGUCCAUAGUCUCAAAGUGCUGAGAUCAGCUAGCAAAGGCUGUGCAAGCUAGCAUGCAUGCCUUUCUUCCAACUUUCUUCCCUGCGGUGCUCCUGUAGCGCUGCAAGCAAGCAUGCCUUCCUGCCAUUUUCUGUUUCAGUGAGGAAAUAAUGUUUGUGUUAGUGUUA